AAACGUCAUCAUCACUCGCAGCAAAUUUAACAGAAAGAACUCGCUUUCCACCAAGUCCAACAGUUGCCAGCGUAUGCUUACGCUGGUCUGAUUUUCCUCGCUGAAAUAGUACGCAAUAGAAAUCGUGUUCUACCUUAUUUUUUUUUUUUUUAAUUGAAAAAUGGGAAACUCGAAUCGAUCGUUUUCGAAAGAAGCUGAUGACAUUGAUUUAUGGUGGGACAACAACUCGAAACAGUCGAAUGAUAAACGAGUCGCACAACUUUCCAAUGGAGAAGUGAAAACAUCUAACGGAACAAUCCCUAAGGAGGUGUCAUACUAUCGCGAAAAACGACUACAAAUCCUUUCCGAGAAAAAGAAAGAAUUCGAGAAGCUACGUCACGAUCUUGCAACGGAGAAAAAGCAGAACGAAAACCUGAGACUCCUGCUCAAAAAGAACGGCAUCAACAUUGGAGAAGAAAUCUUGACAACAAAUAAUCGCAAUCACGUCAACAACAAGAACAACCACAUGGUGGAUACGGUGAAAAUUUCCGAAUUAGCAGCUGAGAACGAACAGCUCAAAACUCGAAUACUCGAACUGGAGUGCAAUGAUGCCAAGGUGAAAAUGAUGACCAACGAGGAAAAUAGAAGACUACAAAUGGAACUUGCCAAAUUGCAAAACGAACUCCAAAGUUUGAACGCAGAGAUUUGCGCUUUCGAGAAAGAAAGGCAAGAAUAUAAUACCCACGUUACAGCCUUAAAAGAUAUCGUAAAGGUUAGCAAAGAACUGUUGGAAAUACGCCAAAAUCAAAUAGUGCAGUUAAAUACGAAAAUUGAACAGCUUCAAAAAGCAUUGUCUGAUAAAGAAAUAGUAGCGUUUUCUGCCGAUCUCCGUGAGGAAUACCAAAGACAACUAAAAAACAUUAGAGAACUAAGAGUUUUGUACGAAGAAAGGCAAGCAGCUGCUGAAAAUGCAAAAGAAAAGUUUAAGAAAGACCUCGAGGAGUGUCAGAAAGAACUCCAAGAAGAAAAAGCAAAAUCUGAAGAAUUAAAUAAUCGCAUUGAAGAAUUAGAAAAGGAUAACUCAGAAAAAUACGACAAAAUAGCUAAUUUGGAAUUAAGCACGAAAAUGAAGAAAGCUGAAUGCAACGAGUUACAAGCACAACUAACUGUGAUAAAUCAGUUAUUCUCUGAAAUAAUUCUUGGAUUCAGAAACGGUCACGAAAUUGACAUGGACAAAUUGAUCGAUGUUUUGGAAGAAAAUCACGACUUAUUAACCGACAUUGUUGUAAACGAAGAAUCUUAUGAAAUUUCGUCAACUUUACCAAAAGUUUUACUUGAUCUAAUACAUCAAGUGAGAGAAAACGAGAGAAUGUCUAAAACACAAGAUGAUCAAAACGAAGCAUGUGGAAUUGAGAAAGUGGAAAAUCCUCCAGAUGAAAAUGCAAUUCACUCCAAUUUAUCGAUGAACAGUGCAGCUGAAAUAGUGCAAAAUCUUCCAAAAGUGUGGAGAGUUCUGGCGGAACUACUGAGCCAUCAACAAAUUCCAAUUCCGGUAAACGAUCUCACAACAAACGAUGAAGAUCCCUGUUAUAAAUCAAUACAAACACCAACCGGACCCAGAUUAGUCCUUAGCGUUAGCGGAACAUUCAUAAGGCUUAAGGACCUUAUAGUCGAAAAGAAAUCUCUAGAGAAGGAAACGUUUCAUCUAAAACAACUCAACACACACCUGGAGAGCAGGCUUCAAGAUCAAGAGAAACGUCUGGAAAUUGUUACUGCUGAACUUUCCAAAACUUGGCAUGUGGUUGGAAAUAUGCAAAAACAACACCAACAUCUCCAUACCCAAGAGAAAAUCCUCAGGUACGAACUGGCCCAGAAAAGGAAACUGCUCACAGAGCUUAAGGAAGAAUUGGAGUACUGUCGCGAAAAAUGGCUGAUGGCACGUGAAAAGAACAACAAAACAGAAAUCGAAUGGAAGGAAUUGCGUGACGAAUUUGCCAACAGGAAACGCAAUUUGAACGACGAUCUGAACAACAGCAUUGAAAGUGGAUACAGCGAUGAACGGGACAUGUCCAGUGACGAUGAUGUUUACGAAAGAGAUGAAACCAACAGUCCAGCAACACCCCAUGAUGAAUCUUCCAAUGUAUCCAACGAACCGUCUUCUGUUAGUGUCAGUAUUAGUCUAAGCCCUUUUGUGGAAACCGCAACUGUUGAGGAUGAAGAGGAUAAAGGAGACGUUACACAAUUGCCAAAAGAAACGUCUAUAUUCAAUGUUGUGGAAGAUGAAAUCAAUAAUAUUGAGUCGUCCGACUCUUCACCAGCAUCUAAUUUAUAUCCAAAAGAAGAAAUUGAUGUGACCGAAGUUGAAAGUGCACAUUCCAUUGAUGGAAAUGUCGAAGAAACGGAAAAGUCUGACAAAGUUUUAAGUGUAAGUGAUAAUAACAAUGACUGUAUGGACACGUCCUGUUUAUGUAAUUCGGGAUACUCAACCUCCCCAUCUCUCGUAAAAGCAAGACAAACUGAAAUUGAAGAAACUUACAAAAGACUCGAAUCUGACAUCCUUAUGACAGUGGCCAAAGCGCAAAAAGGCGAAAGCUUCAACCCAGCCCCAACAACUUCUAAAGUGCCGCUGGAACUUCACAGUUUAAAGUGUGAAUCUUUAAAAUCGUUCCCCUCUUAUUUUACUCAAAUUGAGCUUGCAAAACCUCAACAAAGUGAAUUAUUAGAAGGAGUUGUUGACUGCGACAGACCAAGCACAUCAUCUGCUAGUUCAAAAGAAAAUAGAACCCCUAGUGAAAUUUUGGCAACCAGAGAAGAACGACUGAGGAGGUUGGAAGAAGAAUGUAACCAAUUAACUUUUAAAGUUUUAUCAAACUCUUACAGGGGGUGCCAAAUUUCCAGGAAGUUGAGCGAUUUACACGAAAAACAUGGAUCCAGUGUUACCGAAGAUGAUUCUUCGAGCGACAGCGAAAACAAUGAAUAAAUUUAUUUAAGUUUUACUGAUACAAUUACCUACUAUUUUAAUUGUCUACCUAAACAAAAAUCGAGUUAUUGUUAUUAGUAUUAGUAAGUACAGUAUACAUAUGUGUGAUAUAUUGUAUGAUAAUGAUGUAAUGGCAGCACAUAGGUACUUGUUGUAAUUUGGAUUUUAGGAAAAAUAUCCUACAUUUUUUUAUGUACUAUUAAAUUUUAAUGCAUACAACUAAAUUAUUGUAUAUAUAAUCAUUUAAUAAAGUCAAUUCAAAGUCCAGAA